CGGGGAGGGGGACUGUGGGGGUGGAGGGAACCCCCCCCCGCUCCCUCUCGCCGGGGCAGGAGCCCCUCCGCCGGCUGGACCCCGCCGGGAGCCGGCGUGCCCGCAGCGCCGAUGGGGAGGGCGGCCGAGCCAGCCGCGUUUUGGAGCCGCGUGAUUUUUGUCGUCCGUCUAUCCGUCCUUCCUUCCUUCCUUCCUUCCUUCUUUCCUUCCCCCCCCCCCCUUCCGAGAUUCCCGGGGCGUUUCGACAGCGGGAGAGGCGGCGCUGCCCCGACGGCACCCACCGGGACCCCGCACCGCCCGGCCCGGCGCCGAGGGAGCCCCCGGGCCCCCGACGGCGCUUCUCCCGCGACCCCCCCGCGCUUCCUUUGCCCUCCCUGUUUGUUUUAGUUACGAAUUUGUUGUAGGUACCUGAGCCGGAGCCCGGGGGAAGAGCCAGAGCGGCGGCUGCCGGGCCCGCCGAUGGGGCAGAGCCGGGGCACGGCCGGGGGGGCGGCGGCCUGACCCCCGGGGCCGGGGGCUCCGUCGGACAGCCGCGGGCAGACAAGUAUGCUGGGAGCGGUGAAAAUGGAAGGCCAUGAGCACACGGACUGGAGCAACUACUACGGGGAGCCCGAGAGCUACUCCUCGGUGAGCAACAUGAACGCGGGGCUGGGCAUGAACAGCAUGAACACGUACAUGACCAUGUCGGCCAUGAGCACCACGGCCAACAUGACGGCUGCCACCUCCAUGAACAUGUCCUACGCCAACACGGGCAUGAGCCCCUCGCUCACCGGCAUGUCCCCAGGUGCGGGGGCCAUGCCUGGCAUGGGCUCGGCUGGUGUGGCGGGGAUGGGUGCCCACCUGAGCCCCAGCAUGAGCCCCAUGGGGGGCCAAGCGGGCUCAAUGAACGCCCUGGCUCCCUACACCAACAUGAACUCCAUGAGCCCCAUCUACGGGCAAUCCAACCUCAACCGCUCACGGGACCCCAAGACCUACCGGCGGAGCUACACGCAUGCCAAACCGCCCUACUCCUACAUCUCCCUCAUCACUAUGGCCAUCCAGCAGUCGCCCAACAAGAUGCUGACACUGAGUGAGAUCUACCAGUGGAUCAUGGACCUCUUCCCCUUCUACCGCCAGAACCAGCAGCGCUGGCAGAACAGCAUCCGCCACUCGCUCUCCUUCAACGACUGCUUCCUCAAGGUGCCCCGCUCCCCGGACAAGCCAGGCAAAGGCUCCUUCUGGACGCUGCACCCCGAUUCGGGCAACAUGUUCGAGAACGGCUGCUACCUGCGCCGCCAGAAGCGCUUCAAGUGCGAGAAGCAGCUGGCCGCCAAGGACAGUGGCGGGGCGGGCAGCGGGGCGGGCGGCGGGGGCAAGAAGGGGCCCGGGCAGCCCCCCAGCCAGCCCCUGGGGGAAGGCAGCUCCUCGGGGGGCUCCGAGGGCUCGGCCGGCGCCGAGUCCCCGGCCAGCGCCUCGCCGUGCCAGGACCACAAGCGCGCCCUGGCCGACCUGAAGGGCACGCCGGGGCUGAGCCCCGGGGAGCCGGCGGCCUCGCCGGCCCAGCACCUCCUGGCCCCCCCGCACGCCGGCCUGCCCCACGACGCCCACCUCAAGCCCGAGCACCACUACGCCUUCAACCACCCCUUCUCCAUCAACAACUUGAUGUCCUCCUCCGAGCAGCAGCACCACCACCCUCACCACCAUCACCACCACCACCACAAAAUGGACCUGAAGGCCUACGAGCAGGUGAUGCACUACUCGGGCUACGCCUCGCCCAUGCCCGGCAGCCUGGCCAUGGGGCCCGUAACGAACAAAAACGGCUUAGAGUCCUCCCCUUUAGCCGGAGAGACUUCUUACUACCAAGGUGUGUAUUCCCGGCCCAUCAUGAACUCCUCCUAAAAGGGGCAAGGGGAAAACCUCCCCUGGCGAGGGGAGAAAGCCCCCCGUAGCCCCCCGCGCAGCCCCCUAGCAGAGCGCUGGACUAUGAACGCUGUCGAGCACGGUACAUAUACAUAUAUAUAUCUCUAUUUUUUUUUCCGUUGGCUCCAGAUGUUUGCAUCCGUUCGGGAAACAGCAGCCGUGUGUGUCUCGCAAGCAUCUCGGCCCGUGCCAAGGGCAGGCGUGCUGGUCCCCCCCGCCCCCUCGGCCCAAAGCCACCCGUGCCCGGGGUUGGGGGGGGGCGGGGGGGAGCACGAUUCCCUUGGUUUGCCUUGUGGGGUGGUUUGUUUUGGUGGGGAGGGGCGGGUUGGGGGCGAGGGGAUGGGGAGAAGGGGGUUUCUGUUGGGCUCCUUUUUUUUUCCGUUGUCGUUGUUGCAAGGAGGUAUAAAUAUAUCUAUUUUUUUGUGUGGAAGUGAUGAGGAAAAAAAAAACCACGAACUAAACGGAACCUUCCGUCGGUGUGCAACCCAUGCUAGUUUUGAAUCCGAGGACCAAAACUCUUGUAACAUUGUAAAAAGUGGGAAAAGGGCGGGGUGGGGAGAAAAAGAGAAAAAAAACUACGAAAAAAAUUAAAAAUAAAAAAAAAAGUCAGAAUAGAUCGUUGUAAUUGAAACAAACGCUUGAUGUUACCGGGAGAGUAAAACUACUUGGAUCGGAUUAAUUUAUCGUUUCUGUAUGCUUUAUUUAUGGCUUAUAAAUGUGUAUUCUGGUAGCGACUAGCCAGAUUUUCACAGAACUAUAUUAAAGUGUUAUUGGCGGUU